AUGGGUGCUAAAUCAAUUGAGGAAGUUUUUGAGAAAUUUUGUGAAGGGGUAAGCUUGUAUGGUCCGUUUUGGGAUCACAUGUUAGGUUAUUGGCAUGAAAGCUUAAAGAAUCCUGACAAGAUUUAUUUUUUGACAUAUGAGAAGAUGAAAGAGCAACCGGAUCUUCAUUUGAGGAGACUAGUUGAUUUUUUGGGGUGCCCAUUUUCACCAAAAGAAGAGGAAGAAAAUAUGGUUAGGGCUUUUUUGGAAAUGUGUAGCUUUGAUAUUUUAAGUAAUCUAACGGUGAACAUGGAAGGGACGACUACAUCUGGCAUAAAUUACAAUGCAUUUUUUCGAAAUGGUAAAGUUGGUGACUGGAAAAACUAUCUGACCAUAGAAAUGGUAAAGCGCCUUGACAAAAUUUGUGAAGAAAAGUUAGAAGGUUCGGGUUUAAAGUUGUAG